AUGAUUCAUUCAGUUGUCACAUCAGAUCGUCUUCCACCAACAACUAACACAAUGAAGCUACGAUGUUUGAAACUUGCACUAGAUGCGAUGUUGAGGACGGUAACAAAAAUCUUUAACACUUUAAAAGCUUGGAGUAAUAAAGAACGUUUAAGUGCAAAGUGGCUCUCUUGUACCACACCUCCAUUAGUGAAUAUUUACAUUAAAAAUGUUUUAUUCCACAAACAGCGGCUUCAAUUAUGCACCUUAAACGCUCUUUAG